AUCAUUGAUAUUGUGAGCGGUGUAAACUGAGAGCGGACUGGGUGUGAGGCGCAGCCACGCAGCGGAGGAUCAGCGACUCUCAGGCUUUGAUUUAUAUUUUAUUUCUCUGACUUUCCUGUAAAAUGCAGUGAAGCCGAAGCGCCGCGGCGGGAGCAACGCAGAGGCGGCGCGGCGUGCGGGCUGCGCGUUCAGGUCACGCAUCUCUGAGGGAAUGAUCCGUCCCGCACUCCGUCGGCGCGCCGCUGUCCAUGGUCCUGACUGAUACGGAGCGACCACAGAGCCGCUUUGCAGCGCUCUGUGUUUGCGGUAUCGAUCCGCGGCGGCUGACUGACGGGUUGUGUUGUGUCCCAGAGAGGUGAAGCGCUGCGGAGCGAUGGAGCUGCGCGUUGGGAACAAAUAUCGCCUCGGGAGGAAGAUAGGGAGCGGGUCCUUUGGAGACAUCUACCUGGGUUCAAACAUCGCUACAGGAGAGGAAGUCGCCAUAAAGCUGGAAUGUGUGAAGACCAAACAUCCGCAGCUCCACAUUGAGAGCAAGUUCUACAAGAUGAUGCAGGGAGGAGUGGGAAUUCCCUCCAUCAAGUGGUGCGGCGCCGAGGGCGACUACAACGUCAUGGUGAUGGAGCUGCUGGGGCCCAGCUUGGAGGAUUUGUUUAACUUCUGCUCCCGCAAAUUCAGCCUGAAGACGGUCCUGCUGCUGGCCGAUCAGAUGAUCAGCCGGAUCGAAUACAUCCACUCCAAGAACUUCAUCCACCGAGACGUGAAACCCGACAACUUCCUGAUGGGCCUCGGGAAGAAGGGCAACCUGGUCUACAUCAUCGACUUCGGCCUGGCCAAGAAGUACCGAGACGCUCGAACGCACCAGCACAUCCCCUACCGCGAGAACAAGAACCUGACCGGGACGGCGCGAUACGCCUCCAUCAACACCCACCUGGGCAUCGAGCAGUCGAGACGAGACGACCUGGAGUCUCUGGGUUACGUCCUCAUGUACUUCAACCUGGGUUCGCUGCCCUGGCAAGGACUCAAGGCCGCAACCAAGAGGCAGAAGUACGAACGCAUCAGUGAAAAGAAGAUGUCCACCCCUAUUGAGGUGCUCUGCAAAGGAUACCCCUCCGAGUUCUCUACCUACCUGAACUUGUGUCGCUCUCUGCGGUUCGACGACAAGCCCGACUACUCGUACCUGAGGCAGCUCUUCAGGAACCUUUUCCACAGGCAGGGCUUCUCCUACGACUACGUCUUCGACUGGAACAUGCUGAAGUUUGGUUCCAGCAGGACAGCAGAGGACGGGGAGCGAGAGAGGAGAGAAGGGAAGGAAGGGGAGGACCGAGCCGGCGCGGGUCAGAGAGGAGCCGGAGGCCGAGCCCUGCCUCCAGGUCCGAACCCUUGUGCCGCCAACCGACUCCGGAUCGAGCCAGAGACGGCGCCUUCCAACCAGGCGUCGCGUGGAGCCCAGCCGUCAGGCAACCGGUCGCCUCAGGCGGGCCGGGCCGAGAGAGCCGAGAGAGAAAGGAAGGUGGCGAUGAGGCUCCACCGCGGCGCCCCCGCCAACGUCUCGUCCUCUGACCUCACUGCACGCCUAGACCAGUCACGCAUCACUGCCUCACAGGUCAGUGUCCCGUUUGAACAUCUGGCAAAGUGACUUCCUGCUGGCGGCUGCAGCAACCGAAGGGCAUCGAACCCCCGGACUUUCAAAUCCAAAUCGAGCGAAUGAAGGCAUGAAUGGUGAGGGAGGCGGCGGGCGGGCGAGCGAGCGAGGACCCAGAGCGUCUGUCCGUGUGUCUGCCGGUGGGAGCGUGAGCCAAAGCCUGAUGGGAAACCAGUGGAAGGAGGAGAAGCUCCAGCUGGACCAGUUUGGGCUUCGUUUCAGCUGGAAUCGGGAGCUGGGCGCUAAACUUUGCUCCUUUUCACCUUCACAUCAACACUGAGGCUCAAUUUGCACAAAAAAAAACAGAAUGAAAACAUCAAAGUGCACAAAAAGGACUAAAAUUACACAACUGUGAUUUAUACGUGUAGUCGAUCAAAAAAGAUCAAUUAGCUUUUGUUUGAGAGCGAAAUCUGCAGCUUCUGCUGUUAUUUAUUCUGAUCUGAAGUUGAAGCCAGAUAUUUACGUCCUCUGUAUAAAACGACACAACCUUUAUUCUCACAGGUCAUUUUCCUGUUUCAGCCCAGUUAGGGCAGCCGCAGCCCUAUUGGGUAAAUGUCAGAUUAUCAGGAAGACAAUAUUUCACUCGGAUCAGAGCGUCUCUGGGCGGUUUGCUGGAGUCGAUCCAAACGUUCCAGUUUUUCCUCCAUCAGACUUUCCUCCAUUAAAAUCCAGUUAAUUCCAGGGUCUUUCAUUAAUUAGUCAAUUUAAUCAAAAACGAACAACUCAAUUCAAAACCCCGAUCAUUCAUGGAGCUCCUUUAGAAACAUGGAUUGUUGAUGCUAACAUUAGCACUAGCUAAUGCUAACAUGUUUAGCAUUAAGAUGCUAUCUCAGGCUAGCAUAGCUUUGCUGUCAGCAGUCUUUUCCAGCGUCCAAUCAGAUUAAAGCAGAAUUUAACCAGAGAAGAAGAAGAAGCUUCAUCCUCCAUCUUCUCUGUGCGUCACAUUUACGGGCGUACCGGAAACGCAUGAAAACAAAGGUUCCAAAAAAGAGAUUCAUUAAAAUCUUUACUGCGAUUAAUAGAAAUGAACGUGUUAAAGUUCCUGUGAUGUUUGUCUCUGUGUUUGUUGACAAGCUGUAAAUUGUCUCUUUAAGUUUCUUUUUCAGCGAUGGCUUCUUCAUCUCUGAGCGAUGAUGUGUAGCCAGGCUGAUGCAUCACCAGGAAACUGAUAUUUUCAAACGAUAGGUUUAGUUUUUGCUGCUGUUUUACGCCACACUGCAAAAAACACAAAAUCCACCAAGUAUUUUUUUCUAGUUUCUACUGCAAAAAUCUUAUUACACCUGAAACGAGACAAAACUAACUUGCAACACAGUAAAUAAUUCCUUCAUACGAAUGAAAAAGCUUCAGUUCCACUGGUCAAAUGUCAUAAACUUGGUUUAUGAAUGUUUAAAUUCAAAGAAAUUCUUUAUAAGUUGUUUAAAAUCUAUCAAACUGGAAUGAUUUCUGUAAUUCUUACUGACCUAAAACAGGAAAAGUUUACUCUGAUUUAUCGUCAGAACCUUUUUACACAGAGGAUUAAUGUCUGGUUUCAACCUGCAGCCUUGGAAACUAAAUCAAAAGUUUUGGUCUCAGCAGGAGCAGAGGAAACGAGUGAAUGUGAGAAAAUCUGCAGUGAAAAAGUUUCUGCUUUUGGAAAGUCUCCAUCUUUGUUCGUGUUCUUGUGCUUCUGUUUCGCCUUCAGCUUUGCUUUAAGGACUCAGAGGAAAAGUCCGGACCAGGAAGAGGAUUAUCGUAUGGAGUUAAUCGAAUGUGAGCAAGUGGACGUGUACAGCAGGAGGAGUGUAGAUACGACUCGGCAGAAUGUGACAGAAAGCUUAUUUUUUAUAUCAACCUUUAGAGUCUGAGACAGAAGGAACAACUGGCGACUGUUUUCCUGUUUCCUGCUUUGGUUUUAUGACUAUAUUGGUGUUUAUUUUCAGAUUCAAUAAAAGUAUACGCAGCUUA